GUUUCCAUCCCGGCUCCGCAGAGGGGCUGAGGAGAAGGUGAAACACCUGGAACUCUUAGUGGUGGUAGGGCCAGAUGUCUACCAGUUCCACAAGGAAGACACCGAGAAGUACAUCCUCACCAACCUCAACAUAGGAGCAGAGCUUCUUCGAGAUGCUUCACUGGGUGCUCAGUUCAGGGUUCACCUGAUCAAAAUGAUUGUCCUCACAGAACCUGAGGAGGGCAUCCAGAUUUCCACCAACAUCACGGCCUCGAUCAUGAGCGUUUGCAAAUGGAGCAUGAAGAUCAACCCAGAGAAUGACUUGGAGCCUUAUCAUGCAGAUCUUACUCUUUACGUCACCAAGUUUGACCUAGAGCUCCCAGAUGGAAAUAAGCAAGUGCGUGGGGUCACCCCGAAGGGUGGCGCCUGUUCAAGGUCUUGGAGUUGCAUCAUCACCGAAGACACCGGCUUUGGCUUGGGCAUCACCAUCGCCCAUGAGGUUGCACAUAGCUUUGGGAUCGAUCAUGACGGGGAAGGGAAUCGCUGUGUGGGGGACAGACACAUAAUGGGCUCUGAAGGGGCACACAACAGUGUGGAUCUGACAUGGUCGGUCUGUAGCAGAGAGCAGCUCCAGGCAUUUGUCAGUACAGGCCAAGCAAGCUGCACAGAGGAUUUGCCUGAGUUAAAGAGCAGUCUCCCAGAAGCAAAGCCUGGCCUAUAUUUUGGGGCAGAGGAGCAGUGCAAAAUUGCCUUUGGUUCAGGCGCCUCGGCCUGCACUUUCAGCUAUGACGUGGACAUGUGUAGAGUUCUCUCUUGCCACACUGAUCUGGCUGAACAAUCCACCUGCUCUCGGCUCCAUGUCCCGCUUCUGGAUGGAACUGAGUGUGGGAUCAAUAAGUGGUGCUCCAAAGGCCACUGCAGUUCCCUGGAAGACCUGGGUCCUGUUGGUCUGGUGCAUGGGCAGUGGUCCAGCUGGACUGCCUUCUCUUCCUGUUCCCGGAGCUGUGGAGGGGGAGUCACAUCAAGACAGCGACAGUGCAACAACCCCCGACCUGCUUUUGGUGGGCACCCAUGUCAGGGGGAAGACUUGCAAGCAGAGAUGUGUAAUAUGCAGCCCUGCUCGAAGAACCAGAUGGACUUCAUGGAUGAACAGUGUUCAGCAACAAAUCUGAAGCCGCUGUACCUCAAUCGGCAGUUCCCUUCCUUCUAUAAGUGGAUUUCGGCUGUUAGCUAUGCCAAAGGGGAUGCUAUGUGCCAAUAUAUGUGCCAGGCAGCUGGGAAGAAUUUCAUGGUGAGCCGUGGGGACCGAUUCAUUGAUGGGACAAGGUGCAAGGGAAGCAGCCUGGAGGGCAAGGAUGCGCUUGCUGUGUGCAUGAUGGGCAGUUGCAGGGUGUUUGGGUGUGAUGGUCGGAUGGACUCAGGAAAGAUGAUGGAUACGUGCAGGGCAUGUGGGGGAGACAGCACAUCAUGCUUUAAUGUGAAGGGCUCUUUCACUGAGGGGAAAGCCAGAGAGUACAUCACCUUCCUGACUCUGUCUCCUAACAUCACCACAAUCCACGUGAUUAACCGGAAACCCCUCUUCACACACUUGGCUGUGAAAGUUCAAGGGCAAUAUAUAGUAGCCGGGAAAGGCCUCAUUUCUUUAAAUGUCACCUACCCUUCUGUCCUGGAGGACAACCGGCUGGAGUACAAGGUCUUCCUUACAGAGGACAACCUGCCUAGCCUGGAGGAAAUUCAUAUGGAUGGACCAGUCCAGGAGGACAUAGAAAUACAGGUUUAUAGGAAAUAUGGGAAAGAGUAUGGAAGUGCCACCAGCCCAGAUAUCACCUACAGCUACUUUAGGCCAAGCGAAAAAGAGACCCAUAUGUGGAUUGCCCAGUUCAGCCCCUGUUCAGUGAGCUGUGGGAAAGGCACUCUGCAAGUCUACUACACCUGCUUUGACCAGACAAGUGAGAAGGUAGAUGACCUACAUUGCCUGAAGAUGCCGAAGCCUCCUUCCAGGCAGCAAACUUGCACUGUGAAACACUGCCAACCACAGUGGAAGAAAUCAGAGCUGGGCAGAUGCUCUGCCAUUUGCGGCUUGGGAGUGGCCACGUGGAAUGUGACCUGUGUGCAGGUUCUUGACGGACUGGAAUCCACCGUGGAUGAGAGAGAGUGCCCAGCAGAUCAGAAACCCCCAGCCUUCGUGCCUUGCACGGUGAACGUCUGCCCAUUGGGAUGGAACACGCAGGAAUCAGUGCCCUCCUCAAAGUCCGAUGUCCUGGAAGAGCAACACCGGAUUGGAAAUCAGUCUGUAUAUGUCUGGAGCCCUCUGGCUGGGAAGUGUCCGGUCACCUGUGGAGGAGGAUGGAUGCUGCUGAGUUACGUUUGCUUGGUUUUUGACACCAAAGAAGAAAUGGAGGAGAAACGCUGUAACCAGACCCAGAAACCAGCAAGCCGGCUAGAAAUCUGUAACCCUGAGCCAUGUCCGGCAAGGUGGUUUUACAAGCAAGGUGCGUGUAGUGUGACAUGCGGUGAAGGCGUUAUGCGCAAGGUCCUGUACUGCGCACGAGAGACAGGGGAGGAGGAGGAGGAGGAGGAGGAGAUUCUGCCAGACACAGCCUGUGAGGAUUUGCUGCGCCCCGAGGAACAGGAAGUGUGCAGUCUGGAGCCUUGUCCCCCCAGCUGGAAAGUGACAGAACGUAGUCCCUGCUCCUCCUCGUGUGGACUCGGAGUCGCCACCCAGUCCGUGACUUGUGUGCAGCUUUCUGGAGGCCGAGAGGUAGAGAUGGCUGAGAGCCAGUGCCCAGAAACGGAAAAGCCACUCUCUGUUGUGCCCUGCAUUCUCCGUGUGUGUCCUUAUGAAUGGGGAUUCACCAAAUGGACUGAGUGCUCGGUGUCUUGUGGGACUGGCAUCCAGAGACGACAGGAUUUCUGCAUCAAUCCCCAAACCAAAGCACGGGUGAACCCCAUCUUGUGCAUGCAUGCUCCUAAGCCCAUGAUGGUGAGAAUUUGUUCUGCCGACCCCUGCCUUGAGCAAGCCACGAUGGAGGCAGACCUUCGCCUGGAUGUCCCAACACAACCUCCAGCGGCAGGCCUCCUGACAACCCCUGAGGUUACUGUUCAUCUCAAGAGACCACAGGACAAGGACUUUGAUCUUCCAUGGUCCAAAAGAGAAGAUCCUCUCAAGAAAGAAAGCAAGGAUAUACCGUGGGGGGACACCUCAGAGGAACACAGCAUCUGUGGAAGGCAGUUGCUCAGUCCCAGUGGAUUAAUCAACAUGACCGGUGUGCAAGCCAGGAUCUGCACUGUUGCCAUAGGCCGCCCUUUAGGGCAGAUGAUAACAGUCCAGGUGUUGGAUAGUUCCUUGAACUGCAGUGCAGGAGAAAUAAUACUGUUUUCUACACGGAUGAUGUGGCGGAUGGCCUGUAAGAAGCUGGAGCUGUUGACGGUAAACACACAGACCAACACACUAAUGGUAAGGCAGCGCCGCCUGUUGCCUGGCAGUGGAGUUGUGCUACGCUACACCAGCAGAGCGGCAGAGAAGAAAGACCACCAAGCCUGUGAUAUGCAGCUGUUUGGUCCCCACGGACUAAUCCUGAAUCCGGUGCCAUUGCUGAAUGGGGAACUGCAAACGACUUGCAGGAUAUUUAUCGAUGUGGCCCCCCAACUGCGCAUUGCCAUUCAUGCAGUAUAUGUGGAAUUCAGGACAAAUGCCAAUGAAACACGCUCCAGCUAUAUUUCAAUCCGGGAUGUUGAAUCCAUGAGGACCACUGUCUUUCAUAAGAAUCAGCUGUUCUACUGGGAAUCCGCUGGCAGCCGAGCUGAAAUUGAGUUCAGCAAAGCCUUUGCCAACAUCAGCUUCCGAGCUGAAUACUGGACCACCACGUAGUCCUUCUCAAAGGGCUGAUGUGGAAGUGGUCGCGGAGAAGGCUAGUCGGACAGGACUCAGAAAACGGGCAACUGUGGACAGCUCUCUUCUAAAACAUUUAAUUGCUGAACUAAGCUUCAUGAUCUACCGUUCAUUGUCUCGGCUUUGGCCUCAAAAAGAGCCUUUCCAUACGUCACGUGCUCCCUUUCCACGGCUUGUUCUUUGCAAAGAAUGAUUGUCUUCCUUCUCUUGGUGCUGUUAUCAACCUACACAAAGCUUGCUUGGGGCCCUACCGGCAGAAUUGUUGGAUGUACAGUACAGGGACUCAACACUUGAACGUGAAAUUAAUCACCGCAUAGUAGCCACUCCAGGCAUCUGAAGAAGUGAGCUCAGCUCACCAAAGCUUCUGCCUUUUAAUAAAACAGGUUAG